AUGAGCGCAUCAGCUGUUCUGGACGACUGUGUGAUCACGUUCUCCGUAUCCGACAUCCUCAAAAGGUUCUACAGCUGCAGCAUCGAGAAUAUCCUGACUGGUUGCAUCACUGUCUGGUACGGCAACUGCUCGGGCUCCGACCGCAAGGCACUACAGAGGUGGGAUGCUAUAACAGAGAUGGAUGAACACAACCGUCCCAUCCAUACCUUCCAGGUGUGUCACGUGAUGGAACCCAACCAGAACAACUGGCUACGCUCCAACUGGAUCUUCCGCCAGGCCGCACAGAAGGUGUAUGUGGAGCUGCGGUUCACUCUGAGAGACUGUAACUCCAUCCCCUGGGUAUCUGGGACCUGCAAGGAGACCUUCAACCUUUUCUACUAUGAGACAGACGAGUCCCACGGGGUCAAGUUCAAACCCUCCCAGUACACCAAGAUCGACACCAUCGCUGCAGACGAGAGCUUCACUCAGAUGGAUCUGGGAGACCGCAUUCUGAAGCUCAACACAGAGGUGCGGGAAGUGGGUCCUAUCUCCAGGAAGGGUUUGUACCUGGCAUUCCAGGACAUUGGGGCGUGCAUCGCCCUGGUCUCAGUCAGGGUGUACUAUAAGAAGUGUCCCUUCACCCUGAGGAACCUGGCCUCCUUCCCUGACACCGUGCCCCGGGUCGACUCCUCCUCCCUGGUGGAGGUCAGGGGGGCGUGUGUGGAGCAUGCCGAGGAGAGGGACACGCCCAAACUGUACUGCGGCGCUGAUGGUGAUUGGCUGGUGCCUCUGGGGAAGUGUGUCUGUAGCGUGGGCUACGAGGAGAUGGACGGGGCGUGUUUCGGUGAGUGA